AUGGUAAAGGAGUACAAAUCUCCACCACCACCACCACCACCCUCAACAACUAAAACAACAACCACCACCUCAACAACAUCUUUAUCACCACCAAUAACUUCUCCAAGUGCAGUUUCACCUUUAAUUCCAACCAUUCCAACAUUAUCAUCAUCAUCAUCCAAGCCAAUACAAUUCAACUAUAACAAAUUGUCGGCUGAUACAUCAGCAACAAGUAAUAAUAAUAAUACAUAUGAUAAAGAUUUCAAAAUGGAUAUUGAUUCUCAAUCUACUUUGGCACAUGUGUUUCCUUCACCCAAGACAUCAAUGGCAUCAUCUUCACAAUCUAGCACUACCAUUCAUUCAACAGCAUCCACUACAAACAGUGACAGCAGUACUCAUUAUUACAAUGAUAGUGAUGAAGAAUUCAAUUUAUUGGAUUACUACCAAUCAGGCUUUUACAACACCAUCAAAGUCAACACUACAAAAGAAUUGUGA